GCGGAGACAGCUGAAAUGUUAUGUAAAUUGUAGAAAAUGACUUACUGAGGCAUGUGUGUUUGAUAUAUUUCAAUAAAUUUACGAAUUAACAAUACAGAAAGAAGGAUGUAGUGGGAUGACUGUAUUAGCAUGUUAUCCUACUCAGUCCAGUGUUUCUUCAUAAGGAACUUUCCAAGAAGUUUUCAAUUCAUUCAUCAAAGACCAAAGGGAGGAGUUCAAAGGAACUUCUCACAUUUUGGAUCACACUAUGAUAUAUUAGGAGUCAGCAGAGAUGCUUCUUUGAAAGAAAUAAAGUCAGCAUAUAUUUCAUUGUGUAAGAAGUUCCAUCCAGACUCAAAUCCAGACAAUGCUGAAGCACAGAGUAACUUUGUGAGGUUAAACGAGGCCUACACUCUCCUUAGCGACCCCAAGAAGAGGUCGGAAUAUGAUGAAACUAUUGGGGUUCGGCAGUGGGACACACCCGAUACAAAACGGAAGGCUCCCGAUUUCAGCCACCAUGACUUAAUUUGGGAAAUGAAUCACAGGUUUGACAAGCAGAAAGAUAUGACUGAGGAACAGAUUUUAGAUCAGAGACUGAAAGAACAACAAGAACGGUACGAGAAAUGGUAUAAAGAGUACCUCAUUAAAAAGGAAAAACAAAAGUCUGACUGGAGAGCACCACCCCCCACAGAGGAGGAGAAUGAGGUCAGGGAAACAGCAUCCGAGUACAAAGAAGCCUUCCACAGAGAGGGAGCUAAACACCUGAAAGAGGAGGAAUUCUCAUGGCCAGUGUGGUUUGGGCUUUUACUUCAUGGCUCUGCACAGCUUGGAAUCUUCCUUGUCUGCAUGUAUGGGAUGUAUAGAAUGGGACAGGAGACUGGUUAUAUAGAAAAGAAGAAAAAAUCUGACUAGUAUCUAUUAAUUAAAAGAUUAGUCUAUUAUGUUAUGGUGACUGUUGGGUGGAAAAUCCUAAAUGAUCAUGCCAAGAGCUGGAUUAUCCUAUAGCUGUGAUGUGAUUUUUCUUAUAGCUAUUAGCCACUUGUGUGGAUGUUUGAGGCAUUGGUAUGAGUGAGCAUAGAUGAUAAUGCAAUGAAAAACAAAGACAUUAAUUUAUUUGCUUUAUUAUUUUUUUUUUUAAUAAAUAUGCAAAUACAAAAUAAGAUGAUGUUUUUUAAUGACAAUGUUAAUUUUAUUCCACAGUAUGCUUUUUCUGGUAAUAAAAAUGAAUUUUUUAAAACCAAAA